AGAGCACUGCUACUUUUGCGCAUAGAGGGCUAGCUUGAGUCACUUAUUGCAGUAAAACAGGGAUUUUUGGUGGUCCUCACAAAUCAUCCUUGACUGUUCGCAUGACUUGUGAUAUCUGAGGUCUCGACUUGCUGGCACCAUGGGUAAACGGUGCAUCGGGUGUUGUGGCGGCAAUUCCUUCUGUGGGUGUUGCUGUGGUCCCAGAGGAGCGAGUAUCACGUAUUCCCUGAUUGGGUUGACCCUGGCCAUGGCCGUGAUCGCUCCACCCACAUAUGUAUACUACACAGAUCAAAACUUCGCCAAGCUGUUCCCUUUGUUGAAGAUUGCCCGAGAGUUCUUGAGUGAGGUGACCGAACUCAAGUUUGCCCAAAAUCCCGAAGUCCCAGGGAUGACCCAGGAUGGGCAAGAUGAAAUGGUGGCCGAGCAAACGCCGAGGGAAAAAUAUAGACUUGCCAUAUUCCAACUUUUGGAUGACAUCCAGGACAAAGCUUUUUACAUUUCACUUGUCUCCUUUUCUCUGGGCUGUGUCAACAUUCCAGCCAAUCUCCUGCUUUUGACCGGGUCGAUUGGAAGAUUUCCCUGUCUCAUGCUUCCUUGGUUAGCCAUCACUUUGUUGGAACACCUUCUCCUAGGUGUUCCACUCAUUGUGUUCUUUGGGAUCAUCGCAUUGUAUUUGGCUGCACAAUUGGAGCUGUUUUUGGUGGCCGGCGCCCUCAUCGGCUCAAUUGUCAUGCUCUUUUUGAUCUCAUUGUCCACCUGGUUCACGGUACAUGGAUGCUACAGCUCAUUCUACAAUCUCCAAAAUUAUACCGCCGUUGUGACCGAUCUUGGAGGACCUCUAAGCGGAAGUGACGGCCAACUCACGGAACCUCUCCUUUACAACUCUAGUCAGAGAAAUCCUCGGGGCAACAUCCCACCGUCUCUGCCCUCGGGACCAGGGUCAGCACCGGGGCCCUCAUCCAGUGGGUACAACAACCAAUAUCCCCAGUAUUACCCACCUCAUCACCAAAGUCGUCAAUUACCCACUGCUCCGCCCGCGUCGCGGGCACUUUACCCUCAACUUCCGACCGCAUAAUUACUUGGAAACUUUCUUGCCCUGAAUCAAAAAAAAACCCAGUUCGAACUUUAGUUUGAGCUUCAGGACUGGUCAUAGUUUACUUGCCCUUUUCAAAGACUCGUCAAAUGAUCAAUCUUGAAGCUCAACUGAAGGCUCUACCAAACUGCCUCUAGGCAUUUCUACCACUAUUUAACAAUAGGGAACAAAAACGAGCAACCAAACAAGGAUUGCCUCGUUUGAAUCAGCUAAUCAAAACUGGAACUUCUAUCAAACAUUCCGCAAACCUUUCUUGCCCAAUACCCCACAAUGCUCGAAUCAAACGUAACCCCCUCCAGGGGGAAAAUAAACAACCCAUAAACUACCGUAUCAUGUACUAGGAAUCCCCACAAUCAAUGAGAUCGUUUGAAUGACAGUACAAUCUAUAACAUGGAACAUGACUUGAUUGAAUGCGGGUCGAAUGAAGAAAUUUCGCCAAAUGUCCUUAAACGAAAGCAUUGCGUUCAUUCUAGUAUCCGAGUAAUUCUCUUUGUGACAAACAGAACAAUAAACCUAAACUUAACUGUU